GGGUGCCCUUCUGGGCGCUCCGGUCUCCUGCUCAGCCGGCUGCGGGAUGAGCCCCCCAAACCCCCGCUGCUGGAACCCCCUCCAGCGGAGCCCCGGGACCCGCCCGGCACAGGGCUGCGGUGCCCCCGCGGUGCCCCGGAGGGGUCUUUCUCGCACGGCGUCUCUCCUCGCUCCAGCUCGAGGACCGUCCCCCCCGUCCGGGGCACAGCGAGCAGCAGCCUCUGCCGCCCUGCGGGGGUGGCAGCGCCGGCCCCGGCCCCCCCAGCGCCAGCAUCUCCCCCCGCGAGGCGAGCGUCUCGGGGGUGUCCAGCAUCACCCGCCGGUAGAGCCGCCGCUGCCAGCCCGGAGGAGGGGCUGUGCCCGCCUGGAGCCCGGGCUGCGGGGUCCCAGCGCCCCGCGGGGAGGCGGAGCCCAACGGCAGACGCCAAUUCCGCCACGGAAACGGUUCGUCGCGUCCGUUCUCGUCGGCGGCGGAGCUGCGGGCGGAGGGGGCGGCGAGAAGGGAGGGGAGGGCUCUGCCCGUGCUUCGGGCUGCGGAUGGCGGGGCCGUUCGAGGAGGUGGCCGUCUACUUCUCCCGCCAGGAGUGGGCAGAGCUGGCGGGCUGGCAGCGGCGGCUCUACCGGGAGGUGAUGCUGGACACCUACGGAAUGCUCGCCUCGCUGGUCUGGGAUCAAGCCCGAGAUCAUCUGCAAGCUGGAGCAAGGAGAGACGCUGUGCGUGCCACACCCCCCGGCCGUGACGGAGGCACUGGAGCCCUGUGCCAGGCGGGCCCUGGGGGUCCAUUGGAGGCGUGGAGGGUUCCACCAGCAGGCAUUUGGGGGGAUCAUCCCGAGGUGAACCAGCUGGGAGUCGGGGAGGCCCAGAAGGACACC